GGAUGAUUGCAAAGAAGUGGGAGAGAACAGGGUGUAUGGUGCAGAUGGAUGGGUGGUCCAACAGGCGAGGGAGACCGCACAUCAAUGUGAUGGUCUCCUCCCCUGUAGGGACCGUCUUUUGGAGGUCCGUUUGUGUAGAAGGGAAGGAGAAGGACUCCAAAGCGUACUCCAACAUUCUGGAUGCCGCAAUCCAGGACAUUGGACCCAAGAGUGUGGUCGGGGUGAUCAUGGACAAUGCUAGAGUUUGCGUCAAGGCGGGGAAGCUUGUUGAAAAGAAGUACCCUUGGAUCUUCAGGGUUGGCUGCACAGCGCAUGCCCUCGACCUUGCAUUGAAGGACUUCGACAAGCGCAUUGGAUGGUUUUCUAGGACGGUCAAGAAAGCGAACGAGUUGGGGAAGUUCAUCAUGAACCACGACAAGGUUCGUGCAUUCUUCCUUGAACGUUCUGGCGGGGCACAAAUAAAGAGGCCAGGAGUGACAAGAUUCGCAACGAAUAUUAUCAUGAUGCAGUCCCUUUGGGACGGAAAGAAUGCCCUCAAACUUGCCGCAGGUGCGAAGGGCUGGGUGUCUAGCAUGGUGCGGACUGAUCUGCCGUCCAACUUUGAGGAAGCCACGGCCACUAUCCUUGACGAGAGCUUUUGGGACGAUGUUGAGAAGUCCAUCAAAGCCACGGAGGCUAUUGUGAAGUUAUUGAGGAUGGUGGAUGGUCCAGGGGCCACCAUCAACAAGGUUUAUCAUCAUAUGGACGCUGUGGUGGAGGGGAUUCGGACGUUGGAAGUCCUUACGGACUUUGAGAAAGCAGAAGUGGAAUCGAUCCUCAUGGAUCGAUGGGCAUUCAUGACGUCGGAGCUGCAUUGUGCAGCCGCGUUUUUGGAUCCGGAGUUCCAUGCACAGUCUGUCAUCCACGAUACGGAGAUCCGGGCAGGGUUCAACAUAUGGUUGUACACAUGGGCCUCGUCGGACGAUUUGAAGGAUAUCAAAAGUAAAGGCGAGCAGGAUAUGGAGGCUGGCGCAGAGGAUGAUAGCGCUGUCAUUGCAGAGCUGGACGGCGAAGGUGAUCUGCCUUUGGCAAGGAGAUGGGUGUGCAAUGACCGACUUGACGACAUGAUAGACGAAGAGGAUGACAUCGCUCAUAUUGAGAACUAUACGAACGAGUGGCAGUUCUGCACUACACCGGGGAUGCAUAGAGAGCGCUUGUUUAGGAGGAGAUCAGGGCACGAGCGACCAGACCCCUUAGUGGAGUACAACGUCGAGGAGCGAGAGCGCGCAUUGCGGGCACGAAAGACAGGCGAUUGGGUGGAAGGUAGAUGCCCAGGGGGCAGCAGCGGAGCAAAACGACAACAGCAUGUUGAAGUCCGUGCUGUCGAAAAGCGUCCGGCCGAAGAACAACUUUCGCCGCCGAAGAAGAAGAAGAGAGGACGCCCCACCAAUGCCGAAGUGGCCGAGAAGAAAAAAGCGGAGAAGGCUGCGAAGAAGGCUGCAGUGGUAGAGAAAGCUGCUAAGAAAGCAGCAAGGAGAGCAACAGCGAGAGCUGCUAAGAAAGUUGCCAGGAGAGCGGCUGCUGCAUCUGCGGAUGCCCCGACAUCCUCCCGCCUGGUCACAAAGGAGGCAAUGAAACAGAGGGGGAAGCGGACGGCGGUGAUCCUCGAUGAUGACGAGUGUGAAGAAUCGUCCUCCUCUUCAUCAUUAUCGUCGUCGUUAUCUUCACCUUUUGCAUCAUCUGCAAGUGGGGAAGAUCAAUGUGAGGACCAUGUUGGGAGUGAAGAAGAAGGGGGCGAGGAUAAGGGGAGUGAGGAGGGUGGUGACAAAAUUGUCGAUGGAGGUGGACAGAAGUAGAUUUGGGUUCGAUGAUGACGCAAUGUUUCUGCGUCAACAGCAACUACCAGGUGCGUUAUAUAUCAUCCCUACCUCACAGCGCUUUCAAAAAAAAAAAAAAAAAAAAAAAAAAAAAAAGUUUCCGG